AUUAAUUUAUAUAUUUUUUCUUUUUAACAGGUAUUCUUGCAGUUUAUGGGAAAAACAAGAUAAAAAAUAAAUAAGCGGAUUGGAAAAAAAAGCAAACUUCGAUUUAUCCUCCUAGAGAUCAAAGAGAUUUAAGCUAACACAGCAUGGAAGGCAACAGCACUUCACUUCCCCCGUCGACAGUCAGUCCCAAUCCUCCGCCUUCGAAAAGCCUGGACCACGCCUUUCAAGUGUCAUUCUGGGUGAUUGCUGUUGCUUCCUUUACAUUCAACUUGUCAUUCUGUAUCGUGCUUCUGAGGAAACCCUCCCUGUUAAAGAAACCCCACAAUAUCCUACUGUUCAGUUUAGCAGUGGUAGAUAUGCUGACUGGAGUCUUCCUCGUAGCUACUCCUGGAUACGCCAUUGCAAAGUCCGCAUACCCAGUCCCUCUCGGAUUAGGCGGCGAGAUUUUUUGUCGCCUGUUCGCAAACAGAUAUCUUCUGUUUGCAAUGGGAAAAGUUUCCAUCCUUCUUGUGGCCUGCCUUGCUAUCGAGCGAUGGUACUGUGUGCUUCGGCCAAUCAGAUACAAGGAUCAGUUUAGCAGAAAACGUAUCAUCCUUUACGUUUUCGUCAUGUUUAUUAUCACGUGUAUUCUUUCCAUGAAUAAGUUGAUCGAGACAAAACUCGCUGGCAAAAAGUGCAUUUCGGAGAAAGCUCCGUACGGCAAGUACGGUACACGGGCUUUUAUUAUCGCAUACAGUUUCAUCGCGUUUUACAUUCCUUGUCUGUUGACAUGGAUAACGUUUGGCCAUAUCGCAAUUAAUCUCCCGUCAUCCCCCGGAGAAAGUACUGAGAGUGUAAACAAACGGAGGCGACAGAGACUACUACUGCGCAUGUGCGCUUUAACCGCAGCAGCCUUGACAGUUUGCGGUUUUCCUUCGCAGACCAUCUACAUUCUCAGUCCUUUUGGUAUCACAAAAAUUGGCAGCCCAGUGCAUAAGGGUUUUAAUGUACUGGUGUUUAUUAAUUCUUGCAUGAAUCCUUUGAUUUAUUGUUUCACUAACAAAGAGUACCGGAAGGAGUUUAAAAAGCUUUUGGGAUGCAAUAGAGGGAGUGAGAUAUCUCCAGAGACUGAACUGGGCUCAACUCAGACUCACACUGCAGCUACGCGUUAUACGAUCAAGGAUAAAGAAUAAACGCAAUAAAACACAACAAAAAAAUAAAAAACCGAAAACUAUAUAUACGGCCGUUACUGAUAAAGAACCCUGAUAGAAAAACAUUGGUUAAUUUAGCUGAUGUAAUUUUCAUGAAUAUCAGUCACUUAACUGAGGUCUAAGACUCUUUGCUCCAUAACGAGCUAUGACCGUCUGAAUGUAAGACGUGCUAUUUGCAUCUUUUUUUCUGAAAAAAAGUCAGUUACGAACUAAGGCCUGUCUUAGUUUUUUUUUUUUUAAUUCAUGAGUCAUGACGUUUCUUUAACAAAAAUAGGAAAUAGAAAAAAUAGGAAAAGCGUGACGUCGUUAAAAAGGUCCAUUGUCCGGAGCUAAGAGUUAAGGGUGUUCGUAUCUUUUUAUAACGGCACCAAACAGAAGGUAAGGCAUUCAUGUUUAUUCACAAUUUCGUAUUUUAGAGUUAGUUCUGUGAUUUUUAGGAAGAGUUAAGCUUAUAAACAAAAACAUUCUACUUUACAAAUUAAUGUAAUAAUUUCCAACAAUUGUUCAUAAUCAAUCGUUAUUUUGUUUAAUUUGUAAUUUUUGAAAAUCACGAAGAACUGUUUAAUUGAAAAGAAAAAUAAUUUA